ACCUUCCUCAAGCUUGGUUUUUUUGUUUUUUGGUGCUCGGAAGCCUUUGGCUUCACAAGCUUUUGGGUGCUCAAAAGCCCUCCGGCUUCUCAUGCACGGUGGAGCUGAAUUGUUGUGCUCCAGUGUCCGAUGGCCACCUUAAGUGGUUUGUCGGUUUCUUUUGGGGCUCCUCCAGUGGUCCUUUUUGUUACUUUCUUUAUUGUUUUCUUGUUUUCUUUGUUUGUUUCCUCAGAUCUGGUGGCUAACAAGCCAACUAUGCAGGCAUUAGGGGUGGCCGCUGAUCUCCUUGCCCUGGCAUCUUGGAGACCAAGCUCAUCUUCAAGGAUAGAUUGAAGGAUGUUCAGCUUUUGGAACGGUCGAUCAAAGGAAUUUGUAAAUCUCAAGUUCCUUAGAGGUUGUUCGUGUGAUUUUCAUUGUCUUUCUUUAUAUUUGUUCUUUGGUGAACUUGAUCUAGUCUAAUUGCUGUCUCUAGUUGGAUUUUCUCUAGUUUAUCAUGUGUUCUUAUCAUGGAGAUGAAAGUCCUUUCUAUAGAUGCCGUAUAACUAUGUUUUAAUUAAACAAGUUCGGCCUA